AUGGCGACUCCUCUCCUGCAGAGCAGAGUCUUUUACGGAUUGAAAACCGAUGUAAUAAGUAACGCGCAUUACAUUACUGAUAACGAUAUUUUGUAUCCGGUUGGCAAUGCCCUGGCAAUUCACAACUUUCACGAAAAACAUCAGCGACUGCUUCGUCUCCCGAAUAAGUACCAGAUUAAUAUAAUCGCCGUUACCCCGAAUAAGAAAUACGUAGCCCUCUGCGAAGUGGGUGACAAGCCGACGAUCUCAGUCUACGAUGUCCACAGUCUCCGCCGUAGGAAGACCCUGGGGAUCCCCUACGACUGUCCGGAAGUCAAGAACUUCACCUGCAUCUCCUUCAGCUUUGACAACAAGUAUCUCGCGGCGGUGACGGACUCCCCGGACCAAACGAUGCUGUUUUACGCUUGGGAGAAGGGCAAAGUCGAAUCGACAAUCAAAGUCCUGAACCCCCAGAUCCCAUCCGCUCUCAUCCACCAGAUAUCCUGCAACCCUGGGGACAUUGGUCUGGUUGCCCUCGCGGGGAGAUUCUCCUUCAAGUUCCUGACCUGCUCCGAGACCAUCUGGCGACCCUACGGAUUCUCCAAAGCUGAAAAUCUCCUGAUCUCCUCGAUCUGCUGGCUCAACACCGAUCGACUCCUAGCGGGGACUGAAGACGGCCGCAUCCUCUUCAUGGAGAACGGCGACCUCAAGAACAUCUUCAAGAUGAAGGAGGUCAGCCUUAUGAACCUGAAACUGCGAGAGGAAUUUGUCAUUCAGCCCUCGACUGAAAACACAACCGAAGACAUUCGGGCCUUGACAUUUUUUCCGAAGGGCUUUGCCUUCGGCUACGGCCCCGGCAAAAUCCUCGUCUUCGAGAAGGAUGGCCAACACAAAUUCAUCCACAAACACAUUUUCCUGGUGCCGAGGCAGGUCACCAAGGACCCGGAGGCCACCGAGGCCUUCUACGAGAUAAAUUCAAUAAGUGCGAAUGCCAGUUCAGAUCGACUGAUCGUCACCACCGGCUGGUCCCAGCUGUUCUCCGCUAAAUUAUGGACAUCCAAUCUCCUGAUGGACGUUACUCCAGAGGACCUGGGGAUUAUGGGACAGGCUCUGCAUCAUGGACCCAUCAACAGCCUCUCCAUGUGCGCCUGGAAGUCCAUCUUCAUUACUUCGGGGGACGACGACAGAAGCGUCAGAAUCUGGGAUUACGAGUCUGAGAAUCUCGUCAUGUUCAAACAGUACCAGGAGAACAUCUACUCGGUCGCACUGCAUCCCAUCGGCCUCUUCUGCCUCAUCGGUUUCACUGACAAACUUCGCUUCAUGACGAUUUCCAUCGACGAUCUACUGACGAUGCAGGAGUUCCCCAUCAGGGCCUGUAAAAUUGUGAAAUUCAGCAAUGGGGGGCAUCUAUUCGCCGCUGUCAACGGCAACAUCAUCCACGUGUACACGACCAUCGACUUCUCCAGUAAAUUUCUGUUGAGGGGACACACUGGCAAGAUCAGCCACAUCGUUUGGUCGCAACAAGACUUUAAACUCGUUUCGGUUGGGCUCGACGGGGGGAUCUACACCUGGGACAUCACCACAGGCACCAGGACUGGGGAAAUUAUCCUGAAGAAUGUCUCUAUCAGUGGGGUGGGGCUCACAGCAGACGCCUCCUCGAUUUACUGCAUCGUCAAUCACGGAAUCAACAAGAUCUACGAAAUCAAGGAUGACUCGGUCGUUCGUGAGCUAGCCAUGACGAAUAAUCAACUGACGUCUCUUCUUCUGGGGAAGAACGACUCACUGAUCUUCACCACUUGUCCUGGGGGUGUCAUUCUGUCCUUCAAGGUCCCUCUGCUGGAGGCACUCGAGUGCAAGGACUUUCACAUUCACUGCACGGACAUCACGAACAUCUGUCUCUCCUUCAACGAACAGAAUCUCAUUUCCGCCGGGGAUGACGGGAGUUUGUGCUUCUGGAAGGUAAUUUCGCCUGAAGCUACACUGGACUCUGGUGAUCAGUACACGAGUGAAGUUUUAAUCGGUAAAAAUGAUCUUGGGGAGAAGAUUCAACUGAUUCAAGAGUUGACGACUAGGAUCAAAGAAUUGGAGACCGAAGCCGCUUACAAAAUGCGACAGAUUGAGGUGCAGCACAAUGAUAAGAUGCGACAGGUGCACCAGGGCUACUGCGAAGCCAUCGAGGAGCUAAAGUUGAAAAUUGAUAAACUCCACGAGGAUCGGACUAACGAGCUCAACAACAUCAACUUCGAGAUCGCGAAGAUGAAGUCGGCGCAUGAGAAAUCGGUCAAGGACAUGGAGAUCAGUUAUGACAGUAAAUUGAUCGUUGAGUAUGACAAAUAUUCGGCGUUCGAGGUGAAGAAUAAUGAGAUGAGAGAGGAUUACGAGAGGCAACUCGAGGAGUUGUCAGUGGCACGUGGCAAAGAGCUCGAGGAGUCGAUUAACAGGUACGAGGCACUGCUGCAUGAAAAGGGAAUUCAACUCCAGGAGUUUCACGAAGAGAUGUCUCACCAGGUGCGGAUACACGAGAGGAUUAAGGACCAGAUCGAGGACGAUGCUGACAGGGAGAUUGUGGAGAUCAGGUCUGGGUACGAGAGUCUUUUGUACGAGGAGCGUCAGGCGAAUUUGAAGCUCAAGGGGGAGGCCGGUGUCCUCAGGAACAAGUACGCUGCCAAUCAGAAGGAGAUCGAGGACUUGAAGAGAAAUGUCAGUCAUCUGCAGGGGGAGCAGCACCAGUACCAGAGGACAAUUGAGCAACUCGAGAAGGAUGUAAUGGAUCUCAAGGGGGAGAUAAGCGAGCGAGACGCUGCCAUUCAAGAGAAAGAGAAGAAUAUUUAUGAAUUAAAGAGGAGUAAUCACGAGUUGGAGAAGUAUAAAUUCGUGUUGAAUUACAAAAUCGUGGAGUUGAAGAAUCAAAUCGAGCCGAAGGACGACGAGAUCAAGGAUCUGAAGGAGAAGCUGCAGAUGAUGGAGACGGAAUUGCUAUCGAUUAACGAGGAGAAUAAGAACCUGCAGCUGGAGAUCAGUGAUAUGAACGACAAGUUGAGUGGAGUUAAACGAGAGGUGCAGGUGGAGGUGCAGAAUAACAGGAAUAAUCAGCUGUUGCUGAAGAGAAUCCAGAAGGAUUUGGCUGAUGCUGCUGCUGUCAUCCAACAGCCCCAUGCCCUCAAAGUAGCUGUCAAGAAUCUUUAUAAUCGUUACAGCAGUGAUGAGGAGAUGCAGAGGAGUCGAGAGGCUAGUCUCGAAGUUGAGUGCGAACUUAUUAGGCAGAGGGAUCAUCUGGAGAGGACCAUUGAUUCGUUGAAGAGGCCCUUUUCCCGAAGAAAGAAAAAUACUUGAGAGGAUUGUUCAUUUCAUGGAGUGUGUAGUUACUUUAUUUUCUAAAUCUCUUAUUGUACAAAUGGAGUUAUUUGUAAAUAU